AUGAAUUCCUCAACAGGUUCGAGUACAAAUUCGCUUUUACAAUACGCCGAAAAUUUAGACAAAAGUGCCUCAAAGAUUACACAGCAUGCUGGUCAACAAGUUCAAGAAUAUGAACUUAUUGAUCAAAUAGCUGAAAAAGGAAUCGAAGAUCACAAAGAAAAACGAGAUCUACGAUCACGACUAAAGAAUGCAGAGGAGAGAAUUAAAUCGUUAGAAGAUAUUUUAUCAAAAAAAUCACAAAUUCAAAAACAAACUAAACCAGUUUCUUCUCAAACUACAGAUAUAACAUUUGAUACGACACUAACAGCUAAAACAUUGUAUAAAGACGCAUCUUCUGUAACAAAUUCAUCAACUAAUUCGUUAAUUGCUUCAUCUACAGAAGAGAGCGAUUUAGUUCUUAUACAAUCAUCCCCCAUAUCAACAAGAACUUCCACAACAUCGUCUUUACUAAAAAGUAAAAGUACGUCCAAGCCUUCAACAGUAUUUACAACUGAUUCAACGACUAAAGACAAUAGUCUAAAUGGAAAGAAUAAACAUGAACAGGAGAAAUCAGUAGUUAUAAACAGAAAGAGUAGUUCUAAAAAAUCUCAAUACAAAUCGAAUUCUACUAAUUUAAAAACGUCAACUACUGAUUUACUUACUUAUGAUAUUUCAGAAACCACAAGUCCAACAAUUACAUUAUCAACAAGUACUAAGAACGCUAUACCAACUAAAUCAAACACAACAAAUGAUAUUUCUGUUGGAACUUCGACGAUAGUUCAAUCAACAACUAAGCCGUCAGUAGAAGAAUCAGCAUCAUCAAUGAGUACACAUGAUUCGUACUCUAAAUAUUCAUUAUCAACAUCUUCAAUCUUAAAUUCAACAAAACAUUCAUUAACUAAAGGUGAAAUCAGAACAAAACAUACAAAAUCCAGAUCGAAAUCUACUCAUCAUAGAUAUGAUGAUGAAAUUGAAAGAGGAGCUCAUGAAAAAGUAAAAUUAUAUCUCCAAAAUUACAGAGAUAGAAAACGCAAUAAUCAAAGAGAUUUCUUUGAAGGAUGGCAUGACUACAGAGUACGAAAAGCUAUCGAUGAGUAUAAUAAACCAUUAACAACUUCAGAAAUCAUCAAUGAUUUAGAAAAGUAUGCUGAAGUUAAGUUCAAUGAAAUGGAAAAGAUUUGUUGUUCCAUGCAGAAAAAGUUUUGCUGCUGCAAUAAAGCCAAAAAAAUCCAAGAAGAAAAUAUCAAAUUAAAAAUGAACAUGAAGAAAAUAAAAAGAGCCGUUAGAGAAUAUAAAGAUGCCAGGGAAAUACAAGAUAUUGAUGGAAAAUUCAGAACUUUAAAUGAAAAAGAAUUAUUGCGCCAUAUUGCUAUUGAAUUUCAUGAUUUUCUCGGCUCGAAUGAAGAUAUUUCACGAGAAACAGCCUAUAAACUAGUAGCACGGGCUGCUAAAUCAAUCCAACAUUAA